GAGUCCUUCUCUGGCCGUUGUUUCAUUUGCUGUGUGAAUCUGACAAGAGCAUCAUGGAGUGUGAACCGUGGAUGAAUCUAUUCCUGCUCGCUGUACUGUGUCCUCUCAUAACCGGUGCUCCGUCCUCUAUUUCGUGCCCGGAUGAGAAUCUCAGUAUUAGUGGAGGGAGAUAUUCUUUCUCAAAAGAUGGGAGCGUUGUAAGAUACGAAUGUUCAGAAGGCUAUUACCCAACCAUUACGGUCCGUCGCUGUAUCAAAGGAAAAUGGAACCCGUUGCCCAAAAGAAGACAACCAAAAUGCCAGAAAAUCACAUGUCCUGAUCCACGUGGUUUCAAAAAUGGAGACGUGUAUCCAUAUCAGAGGCAGUAUUUUGUGAAUGACACGACCAACUACUCGUGUCAGUCUGGCUACGAUUUCCGUGGCUCGGGGACUCGAGUUUGCCAGGGGAAUGGGAAAUGGAGUGGAGGCACACCAGUCUGUGGAAGAAACUCUGAUUACUGUCCUGAUCCUGGGGUUCCCGCGGGCUCUUCAAUAACAGGCAACAUGUUUAAUAUAGACGACAAAGUCACGUACCGCUGUGAAAAUAAAUUGACUCUGAUUGGUUCCAAAGAACGAGUGUGUCAGGAGAACGGCCAGUGGUCAGGAACAGAGCCGGAAUGUUACGCUGAUUUCACAUACGACAGCCCAGAGGAAGCAUCGGAAGGUUUCAGCAGUUCUCUAAAGUCAAAUCUAGCGGUUUCUCAACAAUAUGAAGGAACAGAUCAGUUUGGGAAAAAAAUACGAGUGGGUAGUGGAGGGAAGAUUGAUAUCUACAUUGCUCUGGAUGUAUCUGACAGCAUAGACGAAGAGGACUUCGUAAAGGCAAAAGGUGUCAUCAAAACACUCAUAGAAAAGAUCAGUUAUUACGAAGUCUCCCCAAACUAUGAGAUCCUGAUUUUUGCCACAGAUGUUGCACGGAUAGUCUCCAUGAGGGACUUCAAGAGCGGGCAAAAAAAUAAUCUGUUAGAAAUUCUUAAAAAACUGAAGGAUUAUGAAUAUAACAGUAAAGGUGAUCGAACGGGAACUAAUAUCGCCCAGGCUUAUAAGAGCAUUUUAGAAAGUAUGCAAAUAGAGCAGAUGAGGAAUAAAGAGGAAUUCAAGAAGACCCAACAAAUCGUCAUCAUGUUCACUGAUGGUCAGGCCAACAUGGGUGGUAAUCCGAAACAAUGGGUGGACCAGAUCAAAGAUCUUGUUAAAAGAAAUACUCCUUUAGAGGAGGAGGAACAACUUGACCUGUAUGUGUUUGGAAUGGGAGAUGAUGUGAAUGCUGAGGACAUUAAUGAUUUGAAGACUGACAGGGGAAAUGAGAAGUUUUUCUUCAAGCUUAAGAACUUGGAUGAUUUGCAGGAGACAUUUGACAGCAUGAUUGAUGAGGGCACCAGUGUAGCAUUAUGUGGACUUCACAGAGAUUACGACGAUGGCACUGAUUCCCACAAACGUCAGCAAUACCCCUGGUUGGCAAAGAUUAGUGUGACUCGCAACAAUGGAAAAAUUUCAAAUUGCAUGGGGUCACUAGUCACCUCAAGCUUUAUCUUGACCGCGGCUCACUGCUUCCGGUUUGGUGACACACCUGAUAGAAUAACUGUUGAUUUGGGUUCAGAUACUAAAGGAAUAAAAGUGAAAGAUUACAUACCUCAUCCUCUCUAUAACAUUGAAGCAAAACAGAAAUUGGGAAUACCUGAAUAUUAUGAAUUUGACGUGGCUCUUAUUCAGUUGGAGAACCCUGUAAUUAUGGAUAUUGGUCUUCGGCCAAUCUGCAUCCCCUGCACCAAGGAAACAAGUGGAGCUCUGAGACUUUCAGAUAGAGAAGGAACAUGCAAAAAACAACAGGAAGAGCUAAUGAGUGCAGAAACUGUGAAAGCUUCUUUCAUGUCGGUCAUCGGACAAAGCAUUAAGAAGAAACUAAUCACAAUCAAGCAGGGAAAAUGGCGGGAUGCUUGUGUUGAAGAUGCCAAAAAAGCUGAAGGAAUUACUGCGAAAAAUGCUAAAGAUAUUGUUACGGAUAAUUUUCUGUGCAGCGGUGGUACUGAACCUACUGUAGAUGAUAUUGCCUGCAAAGGUGACUCUGGUGGGGCCACUUUUGUGGUUCCUGGCGAUCGAAUGGUCCAGGUGGGUGUCGUCAGCUGGGGAGUGAAGAACGUGUGCAAAGACAACCGGAACCCUAGAUCUGAUUCAAACACAAGAGAUUACCAUACAAGUCUUUUCAGUCCAGAAGUACGCACAUUCCUUAAACGCUACCUUGGAGAUGAGAAAUUGGGAACCCCUCUUACGUUCCUGUGAACAUCAUGUUUAACAGUAUUCUGUUUCUCUGUUCUGUUUAUGGCUUUGGAAUUUGCAAGAAAUGUGACACAGUAAAAAUAUUGGGAAAUAAUAAAAAAGGAAUUUCAUAUUAA